CACUUGUCGCCAUCUUGUGCUGAUUGCUCAUCGGGUUGAUGUGUGUUCGGAGUGAUGAUUCUUUUAGGACAAUUUCACGAACGUUAGACAUUUAAAAUAGGUUAUUGCUGUGUUAUUGCGGCAUACAUUGGAGACAUUACUCCGAAAGGCUGUCAACGAGCCCCCGGGUGAACUUCUAAAUGUGAUCUAUUUCCGGGCGACGCUUGAACAGACAAGCGGACAAUGCCUCUGCUCCAGCGCAUCAUCGAGCCAGUGCACGUCUGCAGGGGUGCGCUGCCCCUCGACCCCCGCGGUGCCCUUGCGGUCGUAGUGCCCAGCGAGCUCGAGUGCGUGACCAACGGCACCCUGGCCAACGUGGUGCGCCAGCUGUCUUCCCUGUCGAAGCACGCGGACGACCUCUUCGGGGUCCUGCUCCGAGACGCGGCCCAGUUGGUGGCUCGGACGGGGGCGCUGCAGGCGAGGGUUGACCGACUCGCGGUCAAGGUGACCCAGCUGGACUCCACCGUGGAAGAGGUUUCCCUGCAAGACAUUCACAUGCGAAAAGCAUUCCGGAGUUCCAUCGUCUACGACCAGCAGGUGGUGUCACGUGCGUCCAUGCCAGCCGGGAUGUUGGAGAUGUACCAGGCCUGUGACAAGCCGCCUCCCCUUGACAAGCUCAAUCCGUACAGGGAGGAUGGUAAGGAUGGACUCAAGUUCUACACGGACCCCAAUUACUUCUUUGACCUCUGGAGGCAAGAGAUGCUCAAGGACACAGAACGGAUCAUGAUGGACAGGGGAAAGAAGAUUGUGCACUCACGGGACGGAGCAGAGCCCAACCGGCCGCGGCCAGAGGGCAAGCGGCACAAGAAAGUCCGGCAACCUCACAACACCCGAGAGCGCCUGCGCCAGAUCGCCAACACGCACGAGUUCCUGGACCACACGCCCAUCUACGGGACCGCGCAGAACUACGGCGCGCGGGGCGUACACCCCGCCGCCGUAACUGGGCAGCAGCAGCAGCAGGUCGACGGGGGUCCCGUCCGGCCGAGCAGCCUGGAGUUGAGCGGGCCCGCGGACAACAACAGGGCCAGUGUGGGCGGGGCCAACCACGUGGGCGGGGCGCAGUAUCCCCUCCCACCGCCGGCCUACACGGAGCACCCGCCCCCUCAGAGCCCGCCCCAUCACCAGCAGUACACCAUGCCUCCGCCUUACAUGGAACGCGUAGAGUACAUGUCCUUCUCCUACUACCUCGCCUUCUCGCAGCAGCAGCACACACCGCCAAUGUCCGUCGCAUCCCCGGCCAACGGGGGCACGCCCACCCGGCAGGGCAGGCUCCGCCCCUCCCAGCCACCUCCCGCACCACCUACUGGGUCUUCCUCCAGCGGGACCUCCACCCCGUCGGCCUCCGCGUCGGGAACGCCAGCAAGCGGUGCGGGGCGCCACCGGGCGCAGCGGGAGACCCUCCCUCCUCCCCCUCCUCCUCCCGAGGCCCUGUCGGGCCAGGACAACCACGUCGACGCGGUUGCGGACGGACCCGACGCCCUCGACCUGCCCCCGCCCCCGCCCACGCCCGAGGUGACGGGCGAGGCUCCGCCUUCGUCCCGGCCCAGCACCAACGGGGGCGUGGCCCCAGCAGUGGCCAUGGCUCCGCCCCCGCCUCCGCCCCCGCUCCCGCCGCCGAACGAAGUGUGCGGUCCCGGCGCGAUGGCAAACGGGGCGUUGGCAAACGGAACGCUGGAGUCUGAGUCUGUGAGCUCGGGGUCGAGCGGGAAGAACAGUGCCAAGACUGUGGCUCCGGCCGCAGUGAAAGGGAACACGACCGGGCCUGGGUUUACGGACCCGAGGAGCGACCUCUUGGCCGCAAUUAGAGAAGGAAUCAAACUGCGUCGCGUCGAGGACUUGAAACAGAAGCAGGUUGAGAAGGCCGCUCAACCGCACGACGUGGCUUCCAUCCUUGCCAGGCGCGUUGCCAUUGAAGUGUCCGAUUCGGACUCGGGGUCGGGAAGCGAGUACGACAGCGACUGGGACAACGAGACGGAAUGCUGAGGGAAACUGCGCCAGGGAUUCAGGCACAGGUGCUUUGAUGCAGCAUUUUCGUUGGCAGUCACCACUUACAGAGCAUGGCAGUACAGCUUCUCCAACUUGCAUUUACUGCAGUACUAUACUGUCAGGAGAAACAUUUACAGCGAUUCCCAAUUCCUCCAAAGUGAUUCCGUAAACUCCCUACGACACUGUAUAGUUUAAGCUCAGUUUCAGGGAGAGUGCCUGUACACUAACUUACGAGAACUUUUUUGUGUAAAAUUGAUUGACAAAUUAACAAAUUGACAAUUCAGGAAGAACAUCUGUAGAAUGGUUGCAAAUAAAAAAAAAGUAUUUAAAAAAAAUUGUACGAUAAUGAGCCUGUAAAAUAUCUAGCAGAAUUCACCCGGAGCGAUUUCAUAGAAGUUCUCUGCAAUUUUUCGUACACACCUUAUAAUCGCAAAAUACUUCAGGACAAAAAAACAUAUUUACAAUGUUGCCACCAUACUUUGGACAAGAGUACAAAAAACGAAGCAUCCAAAAUGCAGCCUAGGUUCUCCAAAAAGCGAUUACGUAAAAAAAUUAAUCCGGAACAAUUAUGCAAAGAAGCUCGGAGCCUUUUAUAAAUGGUUUGAGGAAGACACCUUAGAGUUGCGGAAAUUCCCCGCGCAUAUCUUUUCAGACCUCCGUGAACUGUAUCUGUGAGCACCGUGAGAUAAGAUAACCCUUUUUUUCCGAAAUGGGGAAGGGACACUUUCCCUGAUACAAGUACUCUAGCGUUCUGCACUCCUGUUACUUCACUAAUGUGCCUGUUCUCUCCAAGGGAAACUCUCUCUCUCUAUCUCUCUCUCUCUCUCUUUCCCUCUGGAGACUAUCACUGUCCACAAACAAACCCUGCUCAACGUUGUACCACACAGAAGGCAAACUGAUGAGUGAUUAGAGGGCAAGUUUGUAUGUGCUGGUAACAUAGAUAAGCUUGUCCGAUGGGCUGACUGUAUGAUAUGCCGCGCUUGCUCGUAGAUCAUUUCAUUUCAUUAUCACCUAUCUGGCACAGCCUACGUGUGGGCUACGUGUCAACAUUCACAUCUUUUAGGUAGCGUUGGAGGGCUGAGGCUUCAUUUUUUAAGAAUGAUAUAGUAGUGAAAGCUACAAUCCCUCCUCGAAUAGAAAUGUGUGUGGACUGUGUACAAACAAGACGACAGACAACUUGAUGCCAUACGCAGACGAAACGAUUUUUAGUGCUCAUAAAUUAUGUGCAUUGUAGAAUGUAUGCAGCUCUUUGCACUGCAGACAAUGUCAUGACUUGUACCCUUACUGUCACCAAUAAGUUGGUGUUAUAGAAAAAAACAGACUUUUGUGCACUUUGUUGCAUAAGUGCAAUGUCCCACACGAUUUUGUACCUACAGUGUGUGAAAACAGAUUUUGUGCAGGUCGCAUGUACACGUUGAAUUUAUGAAGAUGCUGAAACAUUUUACACGGACUUGCUGAUUUUCGACAACAAAUGACAACGUUAGGGUGUAAUAGGAUGAUCAAAUUUUUUUUGACUGAUUUAUGCAAGUGUUUUCUGAAUUUGUGUGUUUUUAUGAGGCUGACGCUUCAUUGAAAAGUUUUGUCUUAUCUAUCUAAAGCACAUCCCAAGGCACGGAAGUUGCCAUACGAGCUGUGUACAAGAAUGCUUAAGAUAUUGCUUACGUUAUGAUUUCAUUUAUUUGUAAAAAGUAAAAAAAAGAGAGGCAUAAAUUGAUGUAUUUAUGAGAAAAUGUUUGUGUGCAAGACUUAAACCCCCACAGUGUCAGAGCAGACGGAAGUUUAUUUGCUCGAGCCUAUUUCUACUCCGCAUCGUGUGACACUGUGGAAUUUUGACCUUAUAAUGCAGAAGGCAUAGCAUGUGAGAGCCUUAGGAGUGUUUGCAACUGUGCAUACGUAAGGUUUUUUUUAUUGCUGAACUGGUCACAAGGUCAUGUCCAGUGACGUCCAAAGCUGUCUGGAAGGAAACUGAAAGGUGUGGUUAGGUCGAUGUACAUUAUAUAUUAUUUUUUAUUUUAAUUUUUGUAUGGAAGUGCAACAUCAUUUGAGGCUUCUGCGACACAUCCUACAUUUUAGUCUUUGGAAACUAGCUUUAGAAAUUGCUGUAAGAUACGUGUAGAUAAUAAUGUACGUAAGAUCUGUGCCAGAGUUUGUACCUAUAUGUUCCCUUUGAGCAGUGCUUUCGAGUCAGGUCCGAGAAUGAGGUGUCUACGACGUCUGUCGGUUUUGCAGAAUGCUUGUUGUCUCGUGCAACUCUGACGGUGCGUGUGUGCAAGAGAUAUAUUGUGACUUUUUUUUUUCUUCAUCGUCCUUGCCAUUUUGGACCGUGUGACGACGGAUCCCCAACCUGAGUGGGUGUCUAAAUGUGACGCAGUACUAUAUAUAUAUGAAUGCACUGUACAGAUAAGAAUAAAAGGAUUUAACGAU